UCGUCAUCAACUUCCAGUCAAGAGGAAGACAAAAUCCUUCCAGUGGAGGACAGUGGGAUUAUGGGAAUUGCAACUGAAAAGGUUGUGCCAUCUUCAUUAGCUGUGGAUCCCUCAGAAGAAGAAUUUAAUAUUGACCACGUUCAAAUUCUCAAUAAGUCCAGCUCCUCCCCAGAGCUUCAGAACUUGCAAGAAGCAACGGAACUAAAUGGGAAAGAGGGACUCCCUGGGAAACCUGUGGCUGAAGGGAAGCCCAGAAGCCGCACUGAAAGCAUUGAAGAGGAAUGCUCUUCAAAUGGCAAACUUGAAACCAACGAAACCACCCUGCAGCCAACAGAAAGUCAGGAACCCCCUCAGUCACCAAACCGGUACAGACCCAGGGGCCACACUAUCUCUGAUUCUGCUCCAUCAAGGAGGGAGAGAAGGUCACAACGUGAUGGUGUUCAGAACAGAUCCACAGCUUCAAAUGCAGAAAAAAUUAGUGGGAUUAGCCCAAGUUUUGUAUUCCUACAAUUGUAUCAUUCACCAUUCUUUGGCAGUGAGGCCAACAAACCCCUCCUUGUACCCAAGACUGAGAUCACAGAACGAGCCAUUAAAGUUCUGGACCAGAUGCCGCCUUAUGACACACACAAGAUUGGAGUUGUCUAUGUGGGAGAAGGACAGACUAAUAAUGAAGUUGAAAUUCUGUCCAAUGCAUAUGGCUCAUCCAGGUACGCACAGUUCCUUACAGGCCUUGGCAAAUUGAUCUAUCUCCAAGACUGUAACCCAGAGCAAAUUUUCCUCGGUGGUCUUGACACAUAUGGUGAUGAUGGGCAGUUUACCUACUGUUGGCAUGACGACAUCAUGCAAGCAAUUUUUCACAUUGCGACCCUGAUGCCAAAUAAAGAAUCCGAUAAAGCCUGCUGCAAUAAGAAACGGCACAUAGGGAAUGACUAUGUGGUCGUGAUCUAUAAGGACACUGAGGAAGAAUACAAACUAGGAACAAUAAAGGGUCAGUUUAACUUUGUUGAAAUAAUUAUUAAACCUCUAGACUUUGAGAGCAACCUAGUGACCUUACAAGCACGAAAAGAUAUGGAGGGCUUGGUUGACACAAAUGUCGCUAGGAUUGUGUCAGACAAGAAUCUUCCUCUGUUAGUGCGACAAAUGGCUCUGCAUGCAAAUAUGGCUUCACUUGUACACCACAACAGUGCAGUUCCUUCAGAAGCCUAUGCAUCCAAGUGGCUAGCUAGGUUGCGACAGAUCAAACGGAUUCGAUCUAAGGUGUACGAAGACCUGCAGUAUCGUCAGAAUGCUGGAAUUUCCUUGAUUCCGAUGCACGCUGCUGGUCAGAGUAAAACUCACCACCAUCACCAUCAUCACCACCAUCAACAGCAGCAGCACCUUCCUCACCACCAUUAUGCUCCACAACACUCUCAGCAGCAACAGCAACCAUCACAGUCUGCCAAUGCGGAAACAGGCCAGAGAAAAAGGCUAAUGUCCACUGUGGAUGAUUUCACAGACUUUGUUUAAAGCGCAGUCCCAUGAACAAAACCUGUUAAAUGUGUGCAAUAUGUACACCAUACUGUGAUGGAAGCCAAAUGAUUGCUUGGCUUACGGAAGUGGGUGGGAGGGAUGGGUGGGGGUGAGAGGGGAGGUUGCAGGUUGAAUAUCUUUGCUCUGCUUGUGAAGAAGUGAAGAUAAAUGCUGCUCUGAACAGACUUCUCCAAAGGAAAUGUCCCAGUUAGGCGAUGGACCAUUUGAAGGUGCAGGUAAUCCAAGCUGUGGUUGAUUAUGGAUCUUCUCACUUGCAUCUCUCUCGGUCUGCAUGAUGGGUAUCAUGCUUUUAAGAAACGGCCUACUUUUCCAAUUUUGAAAGCAGACUGAGAGAUCUGAAACACACCAAAGUCAUACACAUUUGGGUAUUGAAAUUGGCUUGCUGAUCAGAGCAAACUUCCAUGGGGUUGGACAAUUUAAAAUAAAUUGGGGUAUGGAGGGUAUGACUAGGGCAGAAUACUUGUGUUCAGUUCCUUUCUGAUCUUGUAAUAACUGAUGUUGUGCAAUUACCUUGUAAAGGAAUGUUUUGUUCUCUGCACAAUUGGAACACAGUUGUCAGUGUUGAAUGAUGUAAUUAAGAUUCCACUAAAAGUGAAUAAAUUGCAUUUAAAAAGUG